GCUCUGCCGCCGUCCACACUCGCUGCAAGGGGCGGGGGGGCAGAGAAUUUACCGCGGCAGGAACAUCCCUCCCGGCCGGCACAUUACAAUGCUGCAAACUAAGGAUCUCAUCUGGACUUUGUUUUUCCUGGGAACUGCAGUUUCUCUGCAGGUGGAUAUUGUUCCCAGCCAAGGGGAAAUCAGCGUCGGAGAGUCCAAAUUCUUCCUAUGCCAAGUGGCAGGAGAUGCCAAAGAUAAAGACAUCUCCUGGUUCUCCCCCAAUGGAGAAAAGCUCACCCCGAACCAGCAGCGGAUCUCGGUGGUGUGGAACGAUGACUCUUCUUCCACCCUCACCAUCUACAAUGCCAACAUCGAUGAUGCCGGCAUUUACAAGUGUGUGGUCACUGCAGAGGACGGCACCGAGUCAGAGGCCACGGUCAAUGUGAAGAUCUUCCAGAAGCUCAUGUUCAAGAACGCGCCAACCCCGCAGGAGUUCAGGGAGGGGGAAGAUGCUGUGAUUGUGUGUGAUGUGGUCAGCUCCCUCCCCCCAACCAUCAUCUGGAAACACAAAGGCCGAGAUGUCAUCCUGAAAAAAGAUGUCCGAUUCAUAGUCCUGGCCAACAACUACCUCCAGAUCCGGGGCAUCAAGAAAACAGAUGAGGGCACUUACCGCUGUGAAGGCAGGAUCCUGGCACGCGGGGAGAUCAACUUCAAGGACAUUCAGGUCAUUGUGAAUGUGCCGCCCACCGUCCAGGCCAGACAGAGCAUAGUGAAUGCCACCGCCAACCUUGGCCAGUCCGUCACCCUGGUGUGCGAUGCCGAAGGCUUCCCAGAACCCACCAUGAGCUGGACAAAGGACGGGGAGCCGAUAGAGAAUGAGGAGGAGGAGAAGUACCUCUUCAGCGACGACAGCUCUGAGCUGACCAUCAGGAAGGUGGACAAGAACGACGAGGCCGAGUACGUCUGCAUUGCCGAGAACAAGGCCGGCGAGCAGGAUGCGUCCAUCCACCUCAAGGUCUUCGCAAAACCCAAAAUCACCUACGUAGAGAACCAGACUGCCAUGGAACUAGAGGAACAGGUCACACUUACCUGUGAAGCCUCAGGAGACCCCAUUCCCUCAAUCACCUGGAGAACAUCCACCCGAAACAUCAGCAGCGAAGAAAAGACCCUGGACGGGCACAUGGUGGUGCGCAGCCAUGCCCGCGUGUCGUCCCUGACCCUGAAGAGCAUCCAGUACACAGACGCUGGGGAGUAUAUCUGCACCGCCAGCAACACCAUCGGCCAGGACUCCCAGUCCGUGUACCUCGAAGUGCAAUAUGCCCCCAAGCUUCAGGGCCCUGUGGCUGUGUACACUUGGGAGGGCAACCAGGUGAACAUCACCUGCGAGGUGUUUGCCUACCCCGGGGCCACAAUCUCGUGGUUCCGAGAUGGUCAGCUGCUGCCAAGCUCCAACUACAGCAACAUCAAGAUCUACAACACCCCAUCCGCCAGCUACCUGGAGGUGACCCCGGACUCUGAAAAUGAUUUUGGAAACUAUAACUGUACCGCAGUGAACCGCAUCGGACAGGAGUCUUUGGAAUUCAUCCUUGUCCAAGCAGACACCCCAUCAUCACCAUCCAUCGACCAGGUGGAACCAUAUUCUAGCACAGCACAGGUACAAUUUGAUGAGCCAGAGGCCACAGGCGGGGUGCCCAUCCUCAAAUACAAGGCUGAGUGGAGAGCCAUAGACGAGGAAGUGUGGCAUUCCAAGUGGUAUGAUGCCAAAGAAGCCAGCAUGGAGGGCAUCGUCACCAUCGUGGGCCUAAAGCCCGAGACAAUGUACGCGGUCCGGCUGGCGGCCCUCAAUGGCAAGGGUCUGGGCGAGAUCAGCGCAGCCUCCGAGUUCAAGACGCAGCCAGUCCGGGAACCCAGUGCACCUAAGCUCGAAGGGCAGAUGGGAGAGGAUGGAAACUCUAUUAAGGUGAACCUGAUCAAGCAGGAUGACGGCGGCUCCCCGAUCCGACACUACCUGGUCAAGUACCGAGCGAAGCUCUCCUCCGAAUGGAAACCAGAGAUCAGGCUCCCAUCUGGCAGUGACCACGUCAUGCUCAAGUCCCUGGACUGGAAUGCCGAGUACGAGGUCUAUGUGGUGGCUGAGAACCAGCAGGGAAAGUCCAAAGCAGCUCACUUUGUGUUCAGGACCUCGGCCCAGCCCACAGCCAUCCCAGCAACCUUGGGAGGCUCCACCACGUCCCCCACCUUUGUCUCAUUGCUUUUCUCUGCAGUGACUCUUCUCUUGCUCUGUUAGGAACUUGAAUGCCAAAACACUAAGUUUGCCUAAAAGCCCAGUUCCUAUGAGGAUGACCAGUGUCCCCUUUGGAAGAACCUGUCAGGACUGUCUUGACCACAGCACCACGCUCUCUGUGGAAGAGGAAGGUUUGGCAAUUGGAAAAAGCUGGACCUCCAGACUUACUACCCUUCACAGAUACUUUUGUGCCACUUCAUAAGGAGUUUGCCCCCUUUUUCACAGCAGUAUAAAAAUGUUUGGGAGGUCUUCACUUUAAACUCUCUCUAUAUAUAUAUGAAAAAAAAAAACCAACAGAAACCAUUACACUAGGCUUACAGAAAAGUUUCUUCACAUCUGCUACUGGUUGCAUUUUUGGUUCUUACCUGAAAAUGAUGUAGCAGAGAAGGAUUUCUAAGCACUCUCUAAAGCUUGCCUCAGAUAUUGAAAUCACCCCGUGUCCCCGUUGUAACCCUGUGCUCCUCUGCUGUCCUUCAAUAAGUAGCUGGCUUCGCUUGCAUUUCAGUGCCCCUGGUAAGUCCACUGCUAUUCACCGGAGCAUUUUGCUGGCAUGAUGGGCAAAGUAAGUCACCCUGUUGCCCAUGCAGCGGAAGAACUCGGAUUUGUUGAGUAUUUUCUGGGGCUGAUCCAACAUCCUGGGAGGCGCUUUGGUCCUGGUAGUAUAACCAGAACCCGACGCUGGCUCUGUGAACAGGGCCAACCUAGGAUGUGCCCAGCACCUACGGGCUCUGGAAGGUGCAUGUCUCCCAGUCAGGGUGAUACCGGCUGCAUGGCUACAGAUCAGCCACAGACCUCGUGUCUUGGCAGAUGUGGCCCAACGGUGACCCACGUUAUCGCGUAAGCAUCAGUCCCCCAGGUUGGAAGCAUCCGCUGUGAGCCUGGCACGAGUCGCGCCCCCUCCCUACACGUGCUCAGUAGAGCGCAAGGCAGGGCCAGCCCGGAGUGCCCAUACGUUGGAACCCAGCCAGCCUGUCAUACUGCCCGAGUGCCCCGACCCCCUGUCGGCCAGUGGCUUCAAUGACAUUUUAAAAAUUCUGGUGGAAGCCAGCUGCCCCUCUGCUGUUGGGGGUACCCCCCGACACGCCCAGGAGAGGAGGUGAGGUGUGUUUGUUAAAGUUCCCCGUAGAGACUCGGGCGAAUCCUGCUCAGUGGCGUCAGUGUCUGAGCUCGGGGGUACCUUCUCUUGAAUAAAAACUGCCCCCUCCGUUGUGGUCACAUAUCAUUCCACAUAUCUCAUCUCUGAGCAUCUCCACAGAAGUUUGAUUUGUGUUCAUUUUGGUUUCUUUACUUUUUGGUUCUGUUGUUAGUUUUUAAUGUUCAAAGACGAGCCUUUCUCUUUGGGAAUCCAAAUGAUCCUGUGGUCUGCAGGGCAGAGCUGCCCGUGUCAGUGGGCACAGGCCCGUGUCCCCAGCACUGGCAGUUUAGAGGGUCAGGUACACACACCAGAGGCCACAGGCUACCCACCAGCUCAGCCAGGCAGCGCCUCUCGCCCUAGUCCCAUUGGCCUCCAGCCCCGCCAUGAACCUCUCCGCCGGGAUCCCCGAUCUCCCGUCCCACCAUGGCAGCAGGAGCAGACACGAUGCUUAGGCACAAGACAGAGUAUCAAGAAGAGGCCCAUGGUGCCUCCGGGCCCGGCAUAGAAUCCCAGGGCCAUUAGGAAGGCAAAGGAGGGAGAGAUGGUCCUCACGCAGGUCACCCAUCACUGUCCCCUGACUCCCGGCAGGCUCUUGGUAUCAUCUUCGGCAGAAGUUGCAUAUUCACCCAGGAGGGCCCACCUCAGAGGUCUGCCCCACCCUGGUCCCAGUGCCAUAGGCAAGGGCCUAUGUCUGUGUUUCUGAAGAUCUGGCCCAGAGUGUGGGGAGGCCUGACAUCCAUGACCCUGUCCCCUCAGCUCAUUCUGGGCCAGGCAGGCCUCAGCUGAAGCAACUUUGGGGUCAUUGCAUUGGCCCCAUUCGGAUAGGCCCGUGGUUUGUAAGGGAUGCCCUUCGGGAGACAGCAUUGAGGCAUGCCCGCCCCCACUGGCCACUGAGUUCUCUCAUGGUGGCUGCAACCCUCAGCCCCGCCGGGAACCCCUAAGACAGGCCCUGAAGGAGGGCACGCUCGCUGCCCCGCUCAGCCGCCCUGCCCCCGCACCCUGUCUCAGUGCUGCCCACCACUCUCGACACGCCACAGGGCUUCUCUGCUUCUUUUUUGGAAUAUUUAUACGGCAGGUUUGGAUGACGCUUUUCUACUAAUAAGAAUGCUAACAUUCUUGUGUAGAUAAUCAGCGAGGCCUUG